UUCUAGAUGAGCUUCUCUCGAUAUUAUGCCCAUUGGGCUUCAAUUCGAGAUUUUAUGGUAUACGCUUCGAUAGUAAUGAAAUACAAACAAACACUUCAAUACUUUUAACCAAUUAUCACGCGACUGAACUCACGCAUGAGAGACGUCUCUCUCUCUCUCUCUACGGGGGCGCUGGGCGACGCGCAUAAGUCCAAUGACUGUGCGAUGAAAUAGAAGGCAACAGUAGGCCUGGCCCUAGGCCCAGAUGAGGCUGAAUCUUACUUUACUUAUAUAUUCAUUCUGAAUUGCAGAACAGGGUAAUUAAAACGGUUAUUUAUACAGGUGUUCUAACAUGACUCAACACAUUGGAAUAGGAAACAAUAAAUGUAGAAGGUUACAGGAUUACAUUUUUUUGUUGACAGUGAUACUGAUUCAUGUCCUUGCUUCAAUGGGGAAGGGGAGCAACCUAGACCAGGAUCACCAGCCAAUCAUAUUGAAGUAUUUUAUUGUGGAGUACAAUGAGAGUAUCAAGAGUGAGAAGUUGAUUGAAAGUAUCAAUGGUUGCUUCAAAUUCAAAGUACAGUUUGAUGCUUAUGAUAGACAAUUUAAUUUGCAAUUAUCAUGCAACAAGAAAUUAUUAACUACAGGAUCAAGACUUAAUAUUGUUGGGAAGAAUGGAUUACAUUAUUCAUUGUUGAAGUCUUCAUCUGUGUGGAUAUAUACAGGUUAUAUGCAAGGUGAUUCUAACAGUUAUGUACAUGGAGACCUUAAGAACAACAGCUUUGAAGGAGUGCUCUUUACUGCAAACAGUACUUACACUAUUGAACAAAGCUAUGAAAAAUCUUAUGAAUUCACAAGCAUUAUUUAUAAAUCAAGUAAAAUGAAGCCAUCAUUAAACAGCACUAAUAAUUUACCAGACUUUAAAGUUCACCAGAAACUAGGAAAACUGCAGGCUGAGCACAAUCUGAUCGAACAACAGAGGAAAUUAGGGAAAUCUACUAGAGAGAGAGUUCCGUCUCCAAAUACGACAAACACAAUGAAAAAAACACAUUGGAAGCGAUCAUUUCCAGACUCCAAAACAUGUUCAUUGCAUCUGGUUGCAGACCAUACAUUUGUUGCAGCAUUUAACGGAAAUGUAAAGAGCGCCCUCACUGAGAUGAUUUAUCAUGCAGUAUUGGCAGAUACAAUAUUCCGAUCAACCGAUUUCAAUGGCGAUGGAAUUGGUGACAAUAUUGGUUUUUCCAUUGCUGAUGUCACUAUCUUUGAAGAGUCGUCCCCUGGAUAUCAUUUGGAUGAUGAGUAUGUUACAGCUGAUGAUUAUCUAACUGCUUUUGCUAGCUAUGACUUUAGCUCCUAUUGCCUUGGCUUCGGAUUCACUUUCAGAGACUUUGAUGAUGGUGUUCUAGGCUUGGCAUGGCUGGGUUUUUCAGGGGAAUUUUCACCCCCUGGUGGAAUAUGCGAGAGUCGAGUUGUUUUUGAGGAUAUGAGCAUACUCAGUUUAAACUCAGGUAUUAUAACACUAAAAAACUACGGCCAGAAACAACCAAGGGAAGUGACAACAUUAACAAUGCUCCACGAACUAGCCCACAGCUUUGGCAGCCCGCAUGAUCCAUCUACUGAACUAUGCAGCCCUGGUGGGAAAUUGGGCAACUUCAUCAUGUCUUCCCUGGCACCUGAUGGCAACGAAGCUCGUAAUAAUCAGUUUUCUUUUUGUUCUAAAGAAGCGAUUGCUCCUGUUAUUUUAACAAAGGGACAUUGUUUGACAGCAUCUGAUAGAGGAUGGUGUGGUAACGGCUUAGUAGAGGAUGAGGAAGAAUGUGACUGUGGAGGGCAUCUACAGUGUAACAAGAUUGACACUUGCUGUACACCACCAGGAGGACUGGGGAAUGAUGCUGAAUGUACCAUCCGAAGGGACUUGGGGUAUGUUUGCAGCCCAUUGGUGUCGCCAUGUUGUAGCAAUGAAUGUCAGGUGCUACCUGCUAAAUCCAAUGUCAUAUGUCAGUCCUUUUCUGAAUGCAAACUACCAUCAAGGUGUUCUGGCAUAAGCAGCGAGUGUCCAAGUACAGCAAUGCUGGCAAAUGGAUCUUCUUGUGACCAGGGAACUAAACGUUGUAGUAACGGUCAGUGUGUAGUCAGUGUUUGUAUGGACCUGGGCUUACAGGAAUGCAAUUGUGAAACCAGAAAAGAAGAUAUGUGCCACAUAUGUUGCGAGGAUCCAACUGGUUGUCUACCAGCCUCUACACUUGGGCUCUUUCAACAAAAUGGUGACAUAAUGCUGAAGCCUGCUGGGCGUGUCUGCAACAAUUAUGAGGGUUAUUGUGACACAUCUGGAGUGUGUAUCAUGGUUGAUAGUGAGAGCGCCCUCAAUAGGUUAAAACAACUUUUUACCAAUCAAGGAGCUCUCUCUGUAUUACAGUGGUGUGUAGUUAAUUGGUAUUAUGGUUUUAUUCUGAUCCUUAGUCUCUGUAUUCUGGUGUUGUUGAUUCGUAUCCUAGCUUGUCAUCCUAGAAGACCCAUCAGGAUACAAAAUAUAAAGAGACCUUUGAAAAAAACGAAUUCUAAACAUACCACAACACCAUCUAAAUGUGAUCCAGAAUUUCAACCUACCUUACUUCUAGAAGUAUUUCCUUCUUUAAAGGAAGUUGAUUUAAUGGAGAUCGUCAACAGUCGUAAAUGUUUAUGUGACUCAAUUAAAGAACUCAUUAAAUUAAAACAUCCAUUAAAUCAACUGGAUAGAAGUCAGCCAGACGAUCUUCAAGCUGUAUUGGAAGAAGAAUCGAAAAGUUGCAAAGAUGAGAAAAAGAAUUGAACUAUGCAUUGUAAAAUUACACAACUUAAGUUUUAUAUAGCUCCAUGAGCCAAAAUGUUUGUUUUAGUAAUAAAUAAUUUUACCCAAAACGGGUUAUUAACGUUUAAAUUAAAAGUGAUAUUGAUACUUUAUAAUGUUAUAAUAUUGAAUAAAAAAGGUAA